AACAAAAACAACUCAAUUACAUGCACUCUCCUUCCAACUUAUAAUCUUUCCAUCCUGAAUCGAUUUUCGUCUUGUGUCUGUUUUCAGAUUGAGUUGUUGUUGUGAUAAGACUUCGAAUCUCUCUCUCUCUCUCUCUCUUGCAUCAGAAAAGAAGAAGAAGAGAGCUUUGAUAAAAUGAGGCCGAUAUUGAUGAAGGGACAUGAACGUCCAUUGACGUUCCUGAGGUACAACAGAGAUGGAGACAUGCUUUUCUCCUGCGCCAAGGAUCACAUUCCCACUCUCUGGUAUGCCGACAACGGCGAACGCCAUGGCACUUACCGUGGCCACAAUGGUGCUGUUUGGUGCUGUGAUGUCUCAAGAGACUCGUCGAGGUUGAUAACCGGUAGUGCUGAUCAGACUGCAAAGCUAUGGGAUGUGAAAACUGAAACACAGCUGUUCAGUUUCAAGUUCAGUUCCCCUGCCAGGUCUGUGGAUUUCUCCGUUGGUGAUAAGCUUGCUGUGAUCACCACUGAUCCCUUCAUGGAGCGUACUUCUGCUAUCCAUGUCAAACGCAUCGCUGAAGAUCCCCAAGACCAGGAUGGUGACUCUGUGCUCGUUCUUGAGAAUCCUGAGGGGAGAAAGAGGAUUAACAGAGCUGUUUGGGGACCUUUGAAUCAAACCAUUGUUAGUGGUGGUGAAGAUGCUGUACUCAGGAUCUGGGAUGCUGAGACUGGAAAACUGCUCAAGGAAACAGAUAAGGAAGUGGGUCACAAGCAGACAAUCACAUCGCUCUGUAAAUCAGCGGAUGAUUCUCACUUCCUUACAGGUUCACUUGACAAAACGGCAAAGCUGUGGGACAUGAGAACGUUGACUCUUAUUAAGACUUACACUUCAGGGGUGCCUGUAAAUGCUGUCUCCAUGUCUCCACUUCUCGACCAUGUUGUGAUUGGAGGUGGUCAAGAUGCAUCAGCUGUUACGACCACUGAUCAUCGUGCUGGGAACUUCGAGGCUAAGUUUUAUGACAAGAUUCUGCAAGAGGAGAUUGGUGGUGUGAAAGGUCACUUUGGACCUAUCAAUGCUUUGGCAUUCAACCCGGAUGGAAGGAGUUUCUCAAGUGGAGGUGAAGAUGGUUACGUCAGCAUUUCAAAGAGAAAAGAUGCAGAACGAAGAAGGUCAAGGAAAUGCUCAGCGACAAACAGGUUGAUCACAUCAAAGGAUUAUGCUUCCGUGCAGCUCAACAUUGGCCAUCUCGAUGCUGAUGGUAUCUACACAGGCCAAUUCACUACCUUAGCUCUCUGCGGUUUUGUCCGUGCUCAGGGUGAUGCUGACAGUGGAGUCGACAGGCUCUGGCAGAAGAAGAAGGUUGAAACCAAACAACAUUAAUACCAGAAAAAGAAGCUUUGUUUUCUACGUUUUUUUAAAAACCUUUGUUGUUUAUCUUGCUCGUGAACCCUGUGUCUGUUUUUUUUU